GCUUUAGCAGCAGAUCAGUGCUGCAGCGUAUAUAAAGCUGCUCAAGCAAAUGGCCCGUCACAUAUCCUGCACGGGGGUUUACGCAUAGUCGUACUCCCUACGAGAUUUUCAAGAAAUUCCCAUUCAGAGGACACCUAUUGCAAGUUUUUUGUCUAUCUGUACUUUGGCCUUGAGUGCAACAGGAGUUAUGGUUCUGGAAGAGAAUGAGUCCGACUCUGUCUUUGAGCCUCUCAUUAAUGAGGAGCAAAUUGAGACUCAGUAUGGGAAUGUCCACUGCAUCAUGAUGGGGACGCCCAGGGCGAAUCGCCCCGUCAUUUUGACAUAUCAUGACGUUGGACUAAACCACAAGACCUGUUUUGAGACUCUAUUUGCGCAUGAGGACAUGCAAGAAAUCCUCAGACAUUUUCCCGUUUGUCACGUUGAAGCCCCAGGACAACACGAAGCGGCCAAAACCUUCCCAACAACGUAUUCCUACCCGACCAUAGACCAACUGUCUGAAGCGCUGGUUAGUGUGCUCAAACACUUUGGGUUGCGCAGCGUGAUUGGACUGGGAGUUGGAGCAGGUGCCUGCAUUUUGGCCAAUUUUGCUUUAAAUCACCCUGAUCUGGUGGAUGGAUUGGUUCUAAUCAACAUCAACCCUAAUGCUGAAGGAUUAAUAGAUGCUGUCGCCAACAAGCUUACUGAAUGGACUCACACUCUCCCUGACACAAUUAUCACACAUUUAUUCGGAAAAGAAGAGAUCCAUUCCAACCAUGACCUCAUAGCAACAUACCGCCACCACAUCAGCGCGACCAUGAACCAGCACAACGUGGCCCAGUUCUUUCGUGCUUACAACAGUCGCAGUGCUCUUGAGGUGGAGAGGCCUGUUCCUGGAGGAAAUACCAAAGUCAGGACCCUCAAGUGCUCCACAUUACUGGUUGUUGGAGACAGCUCUCCAUUUGUGGACGCUGUGGUUGACUGCAACUCGAAGCUUAACCCAACAAAGACCACACUGCUCAAAAUGGCGGACUGCGGAGGACUUCCUCAAGUGGCUCAGCCAGCAAAAGUGAUCGAAGCCUUGAAAUACUUCAUCCAAGGCCUUGGAUACUUAUCCAGUGCCAGUAUGACCAGACUUCGGUCACGGACAACCUCUAGCUCCAGCGUCUCGUCUAUGGAGAACUCUCGGAGUCGUACACAUGAGAAGCGAGGACGCUCCCAUACUGAUGUUUCCAUGGAGAGCAUCUCCAACAACAACAUGGAUCGCAUCGUUUCAAAAUCCACUCAUGAAGUGGCAUGCUAGGGCGCACAAUGCACUCAGCUUCCUCUUGCAUCUUGUUAUUGACUAUCUCUGCAAUUACACUUAAAGGUCACGGUCAUAGCUAAAUAUGACAUCAAUAUGCUUUUUGUUUUUUUUAGUGUCCUUUUCAUGUUGCCCCGAGCAGCUUCUCCUUUAAGUACCUAAAAAUUUCCAUUCUCCUUUUCUUACCACUACUACUGAUUGCACAUGCUAUCAAUAAUAAUUUCCAUGUAUCAUUGAUUUGAUUAUUUAUCAUUUUCCUAAUUAUUUUAUUCAUUACUGACCAAAAGAACUCAUAUCUUAACACUGAUAGACCGUCAUUUUUUCAUCUUUUGCAGAAGUGGUUCAUAGAAAUGUGUACAAAAGAUCAAUUAUGAUAGUCCUUGAUAGUCCAUCAUUGAUUUGCAGAAGAGAAAUUCGACCGUUACAUGGAGUACUCAGCAACAUACCACACCGCAGACUGUAAAAUAAAUACCAAAUCCUAAAAAAUUGGAAA